AUACACACAGAUUACAAGAAGUUGAUGACAGUUUAAAGAAACAAUUCGCCGCGAUCAUACUUUUCAUUAAUAACGCAUUUAAUCUCGAAUAUUUUUGAGAGAGUGACGUUUCUUGUGCAUAUUUUGAAAAACAAAUAGGAACUCGUAAAUUUGUGCAUCUGCUCAGGAUUUUUUAAGUUAGUUGAUUUAGUCCAGGAAAUCGAAAAUUUCAAAUCAUGUCACCGGUUCGAUGGAAAAACACAUUUUACAUUGCCUUGCUGUUAUUUGAAUUAUGGAUAGUUGUUUCUUCAAAUACUAUGCAGGAUCCCAUAACUAUGACACUGGAUGGUUGGAGACCUAUAGUAGGAACCCGUAGACAGCCUCCGGGAUUCGAAACAGAUUCGCGUAUUCCUCAAUUCAAAAAAACAAAACCAACCAAAAAUUUAGAAAAAGAAAAUAUUAAAUCCGAAAAUUCUAUUACAACAGUCGAACCAGAACAAAUCGAAAGUUCGACAAAACCUUUGCAUAAUUUGAAUGCAGGUCCACAAAAUUACGGGAACAAAAUAGCACCGCAUAGCAAAUAUUCUCCGCCAAAAUACCAAACGCUACCUCCUGGUGCAGUCAGUUUGGGAAGACCUUCACAAUAUGGUUUUAGAAAGCAUUCCGUACCGGCAAAACCAGCUAAAGUUGUUUCACACCUUGGACCAGCGCCGAAAAGGAAACCUCCACCUAGAGGUCCGGUAGGGGCACAUAGUACAAGGAAUGAUGUUUUUAUUAAUCCAAGUGGUACAAUAACAUCAUAUCCAUUUAUAAAAACAGGUUUAAACAAUGUGCGAACAAGAGAAACACAAGGUAUAGGACUAUUUGGUACUCAAAACCAUUUCACUGUCAACCAACCCAAUUCUCAUAUUGAAAUCAACCGUUUCCCAUCACCAAAUGAAAACGUUUUCCAGCAAUACAAAAGUCCUGGAGUAUCUUAUCAUCUACCAAAAUUGAAAAUUGGGCAAGGUGAUGAAUAUAGUAGAAAUUUGGUACCACCGCCGCCUUCUAGAAAUCCAGCUGCUGAAAAAGAAAAGCUGAAGAAUUCCAAAUUUCCAAUAUUUAAGGAUAAUACAGCUUCAGUGUCAGAUCCUGUUUAUGAAAUACAUGAAAGUUUUGGUGUGCAAACCCCCCAAAUUCAAGAAAAUUUAAUCCCAGCUUCUGUUAACAAUAACCGCAACUUUUCUUUACACCAACAAAUUGAAAAUCCCUUAGUGGAUAUACAAGUUACUAAAGAAAAUUUAAAAGUAUUUCAUAGUACAUCACACAAUAGAUUUAAUCCAAGUGGUCCCGAUUAUGUUGACUAUGAUUACUAUAAUUUGCCUACUUCUGGGCAACCUACUAAGCUACAAACCUAUGAAGUUACUGAAGGAAAAUGGCAAGACAAUCUCAAUCCUUACACAUUCAAUUACAUCAAAGCAAAGGAUUCAAUUCACAAUAUCAAAGAUGUUAGACCCCAUUCAACUGCUACUCAAAUUACCAAUGAACCAGUAGUUGAAUUCAAUCUUCCACCCUUCCUGCCUACUCCUUACGUACCUGAUCCGAUUUAUCCAACUUCCGCUACUCAAAGUGAAGCUUCAACGGUAUUUUCGCAAGUGAGUCAAAAGAUGAACAAGUACAAAAACGCUGCUUUAAACAACAAUCCACUAUUUUUUGAUAUCAAAGAAGUAUCAACGCAUUAUCCAAUUUUGGGAAAACCUUCGUUUAUAGAUGAUGACCAAACAGCAAAUCCCGCGAAAGAAAAUGAAAUCGUCGAUGAAGUAACUACACCAAGAGAAGAAAUUACUACAAAGAAAAGAAGAAGGAGACCGCAGCCAAGAAGGCCAGUUUCUACAACAACAACAACAACCACUACAACAACAGAAGAACCUCCAAUUACUGAAGUAUAUCAAAUCAAAAGUCAAGAAGAUAUAAUUCCGGAGACAGAAAAGCCUCUACCAAAACGUAUACGUCAACGUCCAAAUAGGUAUAAACAUCUUUCUGGUAGUAGUUCGAUAAAUCAAGAGAGUUCACUUAGGUACAGAACUACUACACCUGUUGCUCAAUACGAAGAAAACAAUGAAGAGAAACGUACGAGAGGUAGAAACCGAUAUAGACAGAGAGGCAGCGGAAAUAAAGAUUCGACCGAGUUACAGAAGCCCGUUAAUAGAAAACGUACACGUCCAACUACUACAGAAAUGCCUGCCAAUCACAAAAUAAUGGAAAAGGAAAAAGUGAACAAACCGGAAACAGUUAGACAUGAUUCGAGAUAUUCCCAAAAACUUGAUGUCGAAACUACAACCAAAGAACAAAGGAUAAUCGAUUAUGAAGAAAAUAAUAUGAGUGAUGAAAACAUGAGCGAAGAAAUUUAUGAAAGUACACCUAACGCCAACUUCAUUGACGAUAUUGGACUCAAAGUUAUAAGAACGACGACUCCUCCUGAUGAAACCACUUUAAUAAAUAAUGAAAUUGAAUUAUCGACACCUUCUUCACAAUCACAAAAUAAUCAAGAUUCAUUGAUUGAGACAACUCUUGCAACUAUAAUACCUACUUCGACCACCACAGAAUCCAAAACGACUGUUAAACAUAAUAGAAUUAAAACCAGACCAGCCAGUUUAAAAACGUCAAACAGGCCAAGAUUCAGCGUUAAGGAUUACAGACAGAGAUUAAAUCAACAUACGACCUCAAGUACACCUCCUAGUACAACUGACAUAUUGAAAGCUAUGCCUGAAGUACCGAGAAUCAGAUUUCCAGCCAGAUUAAGAACAAGACCGACUCAGUAUUCUACGACAACCCCCGCUCCACCUCCAGAGGAAACAACCACUGAAAUAUUACUGCGUCGAAGAUUCAAGCCGAAAGAUCCAAGACAUACUGUCGCUACGGAGUCUACUAAUAUUAUCCCAGAAACAAACGUGAAAUCGGUUAAUACAAGAUUAAGACCAUUUGAUAGACAGAAAAUCAAUGCAGAAUUAACAACAAAAUCAACCGUAGAAGAUUCUAAAGUUAAAGCAUCAAUAAAAUCUAGUUUAUAUUCCAAUAGAAGACGACCAUCUAUUGGUAUAAGAAAAAUAAACAAAACGGAGGACGCUAUCAUCAAAGAUAAACAAGAAGAAAAAAUCGACGAAGAAAAAGAUGACGCAGAACUAACGACAGAGUACCAGUCAGUGAAAAUCAGUACAACGGAAAUUUCUCCAACUACUACCAUCGAUAUUAACGAAAAUGAUUAUUCGCAGAGAGUAUCAGAAUUAACGUCUUCAUUUAAAGAAUAUGAAACUCCUGGAUUAUUUAAAAAUGUAGCACCGAUAAGUAGGAGAGUUCCUAAUUAUUUCACGUUAUCUACCGAAGAUCCUAUUUUACCAAUUGAAGCUUUUUUCCCCGGUAUUAAUGAGAAGGAUAAGGAAACGUGAAAUAGUCUAAUAGUAGUAUGAAUUUUGGACUGAAAAUGUAAUAUUAGUGAAUAGUAGGUACACAUUUAUGAACUUCAAUAUGGUUUAUUCAUAUUUAUUUCAUCCCAUGAUUCAACUCUUGUUUAUACAUACCAAUAACAUCUUUUAUAACUCUAUAUUUGA